AUUGAACCCGUGACCCAUCCACCCUUCUUCUUCUUCCUCUAUACCCUGCUUCCGCCGCCCCCGGAGGAACCAAAAAAGCCGGUUCUUCGCCAUGGUCCAACAGAGGAAUUCCCCAAGAAAAAUACGUGAAGCCGAGCAGGUGGUUGGUAAUUAAUGGCGUUACGCCUAUUAUCGCCAACGUCUUCCAUCACAACAAUCACCCCCCUCAAUGCCAUCCCGAAACUCGCCCCUCACUCCUCAUCUCCAUCUCGUCACAAUUACAAAUACCAAACUCCACGAAAUGGAAGAGGAUUCAUCAACUGCAAGGCCGUCAUCGACACCUCCCAGACUUACAGAGGCGUUUAUGGUCCCUGGAGAGUCGAAGACUCCGACGUCCGAGAGGUCGGGUUGUACAGGGCGGGACUAGUGACGGCAGCUACGUCGUUCGUGGCUGCUGCAUCGAUGGCGUUUCUGCCGGGUGUUUCUUCUCCGUUGAGCUCAGCAAUCAAACAAAACCUCGACGUUCUUUACAGCGUGGGAGCUGGUAGGCUGGGAAGCAGGGUAUAGAGGAAGAAGAAGGGUGGAUGGGUCACGGGUUCGAUUUCUGGGUGGGUUAAUGGUUUUGUUUAGAUUGGGUGGGUUGGGUUGUGUUUAUAUGAGGUGACAUGUUUUUCUGACGUGGAGGAUCAAUUUCUGUUUUUUCUUGGGUUAAAAUUGGGUGACUAGGCAUCUCUGUUAGCCACGUCAGCAGUUAACUGACGGCACUAACGGAGUCUGACGGAGGUUAACGGAGAGUGACCGAACUUGGACUAUUCAACUAAUUUAAGUGACUACGAAUGGAAUAAACGAAUUCGAGUGACCAAACGUGAAAUUUUGUAGCAAUUCGAGUGACC